CAUUACCCUCCUUCCCACCUCGCUCCAUUCCCAAACGGCCGUGUUUCGCGGCCAGAAGCAAUAAAGAAAUGCUUCGAAACAUCUUCCUCACGGCAGCCCUCGCCGCUUUCGGCCAAUGCGGUUCCACCGUUUUCGAGUCGGUCCCGGCGAAGCCCCGCGGUUGGACGCGCCUCGGCGAUGCAUCCGCCGACCAGCCGCUCCGCUUACGCAUCGCUCUGCAGCAGCCCAACGAGGACCUGUUUGAGCGCACCCUAUAUGAGGUUUCGGACCCGUCCCACGCCAGGUACGGCCAGCACCUGUCGCGCGACGAGCUCUCGGCGCUGCUCGCCCCGCGCGCCGAGUCGACGGCGGCCGUGCUCAACUGGCUGCGCGACGCCGGCAUCCCCUCCGAUAAGAUCGAGGAGGACGGCGAGUGGAUCAACCUCCGCGUGACUGUGCGCGAGGCGUCCGAGCUGCUCGACGCCGACUUUGGCGUCUGGGCCUACGAGGGCACCAACGUCAAGCGAGUGCGCGCGCUGCAGUACUCCGUGCCCGAAGAGAUCGCCCCACACAUCCGCAUGGUCGCGCCCGUCGUCCGGUUCGGGCAGAUCCGACCGGAGCGCAGCCAGGUGUUCGAGGUGGUGGAGACGGCCCCAUCGCAGGUCAAGGUGGCGGCGGCCAUCCCGCCGCAGGAUCUCGACGUCAAGGCCUGCAAUACCAGCAUCACGCCCGAGUGCCUGCGCGCUCUGUACAAGGUCGGCUCGUACCAGGCCGAGCCGAGCAAGAAGAGCCUGUUUGGUGUCGCCGGUUACCUGGAGCAGUGGGCCAAGUACGACCAGCUCGAGUUGUUCGCCAGCACGUACGCCCCGUACGCUGCCGACGCCAACUUCACUUCGGUCGGCGUCAAUGGUGGAGAGAAUAAUCAGGGCCCAUCCGACCAGGGCGACAUCGAGGCGAAUCUGGAUAUCCAGUACGCCGUCGCUCUCUCGUACAAGACCCCUAUCACCUACUACAUCACCGGGGGGCGUGGGCCGCUCGUUCCGGACCUUGACCAGCCGGACCCGAAUGAUGUUUCCAACGAGCCGUACCUGGAGUUCUUCUCGUACCUUCUGAAGCUGCCCGACUCCGAGCUCCCGCAGACCUUGACCACCUCCUACGGCGAGGACGAACAGUCCGUCCCUCGCCCCUACGCCGAGAAGGUCUGCCAGAUGAUCGGCCAGCUGGGCGCCCGUGGUGUGUCUGUCAUCUUCUCGUCGGGAGACACCGGCGUCGGAUCCGCGUGCCAAACCAACGACGGCAAGAACACGACCCGCUUCCUGCCUAUUUUCCCUGGAGCAUGCCCAUACGUGACCUCUAUCGGCGCCACCCGUUACGUCGAACCCGAACAGGCCGCAGCCUUCUCCUCGGGCGGCUUCUCCGACAUCUUCAAGCGCCCCGCCUACCAAGAGGCCGCCGUCAGCACCUAUCUACACAAGCACCUCGGGAGCCGCUGGAAGGGUCUGUACAACCCUCAGGGCCGUGGGUUCCCGGACGUCUCGGCCCAGGGCGUCGCCUACCACGUCUUCUCGCAGGACAAGGACAUCAAGGUCUCGGGUACCAGCGCGUCGGCGCCCCUGUUCGCGGCUCUCGUCAGCUUGCUGAACAACGCGCGCCUUGCGCAGGGCCGGCCGCCGCUCGGCUUCCUGAACCCAUGGCUGUACUCGGAGAAGGUGCAGAAGGCGGGCGCCCUGACCGAUAUCGUCCACGGCGGGUCGAGCGGGUGCACCGGCAAGGAUAUGUACUCGGGCCUGCCGACCCCCUACGUGCCGUACGCCAGCUGGAACGCCACCCCUGGCUGGGAUCCCGUCACCGGCCUGGGCACGCCCGUCUUUGACAAGCUGCUCGAGCUCAGCUCGCCCGGCAAGAAGCUGCCGCACAUUGGCGGCGGGCACGGGCAUGGGGCCGGCGGGCACUGAGGGUGAUUUUUUUUCUUCUUCCAGGUCAACUUAUAGUUUUGUAAUGAGCCAUCUGCCCGUAAGAAGAGAAAAUGCUCUUCAUGCGAUUCGUCUCCC